AUGUCAAGAAAGAGAGACAUUCACAGUUAUUCACAGUUAUCCGAGAUCAGAGCUGAUGACAAGAGAGAGACCCGUAAAUUAGGACUCGUCCCCCUCAGUCUCAGACCUCACCUUUCACUCUCGUCUCGUCUCGUCUCGUCUCUUGCCCGUCCUCCCGUCGCCGGCUGUUCUUUGCCUCUCCAAUCUCCGGCAUAUGACGCUCUCUCGUUGUUCAACCGGCCUAUAUCUGUGUUAAAAGGACAAGCACAAGAGGUGGUAUUGGGAAGAUCUUUACUAAUUGUUCAGGUUCUAUUCAGGGCAGUCAUUAAGGGAAGCUUCUCGAGUAAACUCUUUAGUAAGCCCAAUCUCAAGCCCUGUUUAGAAAAAGGCCUGAAAAUAGGAGAGAAGAAAUCUUCACUGAGCUCCAAAACUCCUCCGCAGCUCUUCACCGCCGGCGAGCCGUCCUCCACAGGGAUAAUGCCGCACAAAACUCGACCUAUGACUGCGCUUUUGCUCUUCACUGGAGUGAAUGUUGUUCUGGUGUCAACAAUUGGCCCUGUCUAUGAUUUUGUUUGCUUCCUUCCGUACUGGGAAAGGAGGAGAGAACGUCGGCGCCUGGAACGUGAAGCUGCCUCUUCCAAAGUAGCUUCACCAUUGAAACCAUAUAUUGUGUAG